AUCAGUAUCAAGGUAGGCGAUGUAAAUUGAAUAUAGUCAACGAACUUGAAACAACAGCAAGCAGCGGGCAAGGCCGCCUUUUCGUAUAAAUAGACAAAACAAAAAUAUUACGGAGAUUAUCUAAUCAAACUCUAGUAACGUAAUCGCUCGCUGAAAAAAAGUUCGAUAGUGAACUGUGACGUCAUGAUUGCUACGAUGGUUUUCGUAUGCGUAUUUCUGGUCCACGCUGUGUUUGCAGCUCCCCCCAGUAUUCUCCAAGGUCCCAGCACCAAGACCAUUGUUGUAGGACCAGACGGAAGCAAAAUCGAGGCAUUCGCACCAGGCGGUCAGAUUAACUUAGAGGGACAUGGACCUCUAAUCCAGGAGACCCCUAAAGUUGUUUUAUACGAAAGCAAACCUGAAGUCACUCCUCAGAUUGUUGAUGGAUCUGAGGUUGACGGUUCUGAAGUGGCGGUACCGCAAGCGGCAGCUAAAGAAGAGAUUUUUCCGAAGAUUUGGCCGGGAGGAAUUGAAGUGAGAGUAAUACCAGAUGAACCGAAAAUUGUCAGAGUACCGACUGUUGGAGCAAUUGAAAAUUUUGAUUAUGUUGUGACGAAUUAAUUUUUUGUUGUUGAAAUAAAUCAUUUAUAAUAAACUGGUCAUCAGUUCUGAA